AUGGAUAAUAAACGUACCGCUACUUCACAAAAAAUCACUAAUUAUUUUUCUGUGCCGUCGACGAAAAAACAUAAACCAACACCAACUGAUGAUGAAGUUGCAAUAACUAAUAAUCUGUCAGAAAGUAAAAAAGAAGUUACAGUCAAUAAUGAUGUUGUCUAUACAUUAGAUUCUGCUACUAAAACCAUUAAUGAAGAUUUGGUAACUCAGUGGCCACAGGAUUGGACCUUUGAGCAGUGGCAAUCAAAAAAAGAAAAAUAUGCUUGGAUGAAUUGUCACAAUGGUAAAAUUGGCUGCUCCAAUUGCCAAAAGUUUAGUAAUAUACACAAUUCUAAUAAUUCUGCUUUUGAAAUAUCUCCAGAGUGGUCUCUUAGUCUUAUUAGUGGGGGAACUAGUAAUAAUAAAAAAACUAGACUUUCUGUUCUACGGAAUAAAAUCAGAAAGCAUGUAACAUCAUCAGCUCAUAAAUGUGCUACAAAUAUAUUAAUUGAAAGAGAAUCUGACAAAUUAAAAAACCAAUUUGAAAAUAGUUCAUAUAAAGUUCAUAAAUCUACAUUAUCAGUCUUUAAAACAGCUUACUAUAUAGCAAAAAAAAAUAGACCUUACAACGAUCAUUUUCAACUUUUGGAGUUGCAAGCACUUAAUGGUAUUGAUAUUGGGAAUACGCUUCAUUCAAGAUUUUCAUCUACUUCUAUUAUAUCUCACAUAGCAAUUGAAAUGAAAAAAAAAAUAGUGUGCAACAUUGUUAAGUCUAAUUCAAAAUUAUCAGUUUUGAUUGAUGAAUCAACCACAUUGAGUACAAAAUCUACUAUGGUUGUAUAUAUUAAAGCAUCUAUAUCUUCUGAAGAUCCUAUUUUUAUAUUUUUAGCCCUUGUUGAACUUAAACAUCAAACAGCAGAAAAUAUAGUUACCCAGCUUAUUGAUUGUUUACAUGAAUCUGGAUUUAAUAAUGAAUAUUUAAUAAAUAAUUGGAUAUCUUUUGUCAGUGACGGAGCAAGUGUCCUUUUAGGAAAAAAGGCAGGAGUUGCAAAGAGAUUAAAAGAUAUAUAUCCAUUAAUAUUUAGCUGGCAUUGUUUAAACCAUAGGCUGGAACUUGCUGUUAAUGAUACAAUGAAAGAUUUAAACUCUAUUAAUCAUUUUAAAUCAUUUAUCGACUCUUUUUAUGUUCUGUAUAAUAAUUCGCCAAAAAACACUAAUGAAAUUAAAGAUGUCUGUAAUGAAUUGAAUAUUAUAUUUGUAAAAGUUGGAAGAGUUCUUGAUACUAGAUGGGUAGCCAGCAGCUGGAGAGCUGUCAAUGCAGUAUGGAAGACAUUUCCUGCUCUAAGUAAGCAUUUUCAUAACUCUUCUAUAGAUAAAACUAAAAAUUUUAAAACAAGAAGUAAAUAUUUGGGUUUAUAUAAGAAAUUGUGCUCACCUGAAUUUUUGUAUGAUUUAUCUUUAAUGUGUGACGUGCUUUUAGAACUUUCUAAUUUAUCUUUGAAUCUUCAAAAACAAAAAAUAACUCUUAUGGAAGCAAAUUUAAAUAUUAAAAGAUCAAUUAGAAUUUUAGAAUCUUUUAAAGAUAAUAUAGGAGAUCAUAUGAAAGAAGUUGAAGUGGCAAAUAAUGAUAUGAUUUUCAAAAAUGUAAAACUAAUAAAUUAUUCAAAAAUUGUACCAAUUAAAAAAAAUUAGUUCAUAACUAGUAUCUGUAAUAAUCUAAAAAGUAGAUUAUUAGAAGAUACUAAUGACUUAAGUUUAAUGAGAGACAUCACAGUUCUUGAUAAAAGUACUUGGCCAGUUGAUAUAGACAUAAGGUAUGGUGAAGAAGAAGUCAAACGUUUGUGCAAACGUUUCAUGUUAAACAAGAAUAAUGCAAUAAACGGAUUGAGAGUAUACAUUGAUGAAGAUAAAUACCCUCAAGAUGUAUUUCCAGAGUUGAAUAACUGUAUUAAAACUUUUCCUUGCUCAACUGCUGAAUGCGAACGUGGUUUCAGUGUUUUAAAUUUAAUUUGCACAGAUCUUAGGUCUACAUUAAGCAUAACUAAUAUUUCAAAUUUGAUGUUGAUAAAUAUAAAUGGACCCCCACUUAAGUUAUGGAGCCCUGAGUCCUAUGUUAAAAGUUGGUUAGUUCAACAUAGAUCAGCAGAUGACACCAGAACAAAAAAAACUACAAAGAAAGAAGAAGAUACAGAUGUUUAUAAAAGAAGUUUAUGGA